GAUUCUCUGCUGUGGGCUGGUAAUGCUGCUGUCCUGGGUGCAAGAACAGAGGCAAAGACACAAAUGCAGCUACACGUGAUGGAGAAUGCCAGUCCAUAGGCUACCUUUCGUGGCAGCGAAAGCCAAGGGGUGGCAGAGUUAUGAGCCUUGGAAGACCUGGAUGGAUCUUCUGGUGCUGCCAUCAACCCUGGUUAGGAGCCAGGCUCCCAUUUUGAUCAUAUUGAGGCUGUCUGGUUUUAAUUUAACCCUUCCUUUUUGAGUGGAUUCGUCUUGAAAGGCAUGAAAAGGCUGGGCUCCCAAGCUACCUUACCUCUUCAAGAGCCACGGGAAGCGCGCCUCGCUCCCUUCCCUGCUGCCCAAGGGGACCACAACCGAAAUGAACCUCAACUUCACCUCGCCAGUGCACCCCGUCUCCGCGCCUAGGCCCACAUCCUUCUUCAUCGAGGACAUCCUGCUGCACAAGCCCAAGCCCUUGCGGGAGGUGGCUCCCGAGCACUUCCCCGGCUCCUUGGCCUCUCGCGUCCCCCUCUUGGACUAUGGGUACCCCCUGAUGCCAACCCCGACCCUCCUGGCGCCUCACCCGCACCCUGCUCUGCACAAGCCGGAGCAUCACCAUCACCCCUAUUUCCUCACCACCUCGGGAAUGCCGGUGCCAGCCCUCUUCCAGCCCCACGCUCACGCCGAGCUGCCCGGGAAGCAUUGCCGCCGCCGCAAAGCCCGCACCGUUUUCUCCGACUCGCAGCUCUCCGGCUUGGAGAAGAGGUUUGAGAUCCAGCGGUACCUCUCCACGCCCGAGCGGGUGGAGCUGGCCACGGCGCUCAGCCUCUCCGAGACCCAGGUGAAAACGUGGUUCCAGAACCGGCGGAUGAAGCACAAAAAACAGCUGCGGAAAACCCAGGAGGAUCCCAAGCACCCCGGAAGCGAGGAGAACCGGGAGCAGAGCUCCCCCGAACCCGAGCUGCCAGAGGCGGCCGGCACCGAGCCUCGCAAGGGCCCUCCAGGCCCAUUCCUGCUCCAGGACCCCGAGGAUGAGGUGGACAUCCUGGAGGAGGGGGACCUCUGCGCCGGUCCCCAUCGCCUCUAGUUGCGCAGGGGCCCGGGGCGGCUUUGGCCCGGCCCGGCAAACUGCCCCUAUCUCCCAGCCCUGAGCAGUGCCAGAGGGGAGGGGAUCACGUUUUGGGGAGGAGGUGGUGAUGCGGGAGGAGGCAGUGAUGCUCCGCGGUACCGUCGGCUGCCCCUCGGUAUCAGCCCUAGAAGUCUAGUGAGGCAGAGCGGAAUAAGGCGAGUUCCCUUUUAAGUUUCCCCUUUUCCCUACGAAAUAUGGGACUUCUCUCCGUUCCCCCAACUUUCCUCGGUUUUGAAAUAAAUGUGCACCCGUGGCAGCGUGUUAUGGUUACUGGGAGCGGCGGGCAGGUCGCGUUUAUCCCGGAUUUAUCCCGGGCAGAGCUUCCAGGACACGCACAUCCUCCAAAAAAAAAAAAACAAAAAACCAAGGAAAACAAUUAUGGAAACGCCUUCCAAAGAAACAGGUAAGACAAAAACUACCGUUUGUUUAAUCCGAUACAGGGAGGGGAAAGGGGGAGCACCACGAAUAACUCGAUCAUUGCUCGGAGCAGACGCAAUCCCAGCGAGCAAAAGAGAACCGCUUGGAGAGCCACCUGCACCGGUGAUUUCAGCCUGAUUGCUUCCCGGCCUCCAGGUGCGAAUCACCAUUCGGAUACUCCUCUUUUCCUCCCAAAGAUGCCCCAGAGCAGCGUUUGGCUCCUGUUUUCUCCUUGCCUGCGUUUGCUCCAAAGCCUCCCUGAGCUCCGUCUUGCAGCCGCCGCUUUGCCUUUAUCUUCUUGCCAGGGAAAUGCUUUUAAUUUCCAGGUAAAUUAAGAUAUUUUAAAUGCUAUUUAUUCCCCCCCCCCCCGGCGAGCUGCUGGUUUGGGAGCGAGGUGGAGGCCCCUCGUUUCCAAUGGGAAAACUGGGGUUUUCCUCGGGAAAAUCCUGGAGGAGAGGCUGUGCUUGCUCAGACGUUAGCUGCGCAGCCCCUGCUGCACCAGCAACCGGAUGCCGUGUCGGUGUCUCCUUCGGUUAUUUAAUCCUGUUUUCCUAGCUUUGUUUUUAAUUUGGUGUCAUGGGCACUUUUGGUGGUUUUU